UCCUAUAAAGCAGAGAGAAGAAAAUCCUCCUGUGACUUUAAGGUCUUCUCUGAUGUAGAUGGAUCAGCAUUAGUACCCUAACCUGUCGUAAGCAUUUCUUUGAGAUUUUUAUUUCCACACCAUGGAGUUACAAAGUCUGGGAAUUUUUCUCAUCACCCUGAUGGCUUUCUCAGUAGCACAGAACACAGACACCACCACAGUGAUGCCUGAGAAUGACACCUCCACCACGACUGUCUCACCAGACAGUGGCACCACCACCAUGGUGCAAGAUAACAUCACCACCACUGUAAUGCCAGAGAGCAUCACCACCACCAUGGUGCAAGAUAACAUCACCACCACUGUAAUGCCAGAGAACAUCACCACCACCAUGGUGACCGAGAGCAUCACCACCACUGUAAUGCCAGAGAACAUCACCACCACUGUAAUGCCAGGGAGUACCACCACCACUGUAAUGCCAGAGAACAUCACCACCACUGUAAUGCCAGAGAACAUCACCACCACCAUGGUACCAGAAAGUGAUACCACUACUGCAAUGCCAGAGAGCAUCACCACCACUGUAAUGCCAGAGAACAUCACCACCACCAUGGUGCCAGAAAGUGAUACCACUACUGCAAUGCCAGAGAACAUCACCACCACUGUAAUGCCAGAGAACAUCACCACCACUGUAACGCCGGAGAGUAACACCACCACUGUAACGCCAGAGAACAUCACCACCACUGUAAUGCCAGAGAACAUCACCACCACUGUAACGCCAGAGAACAUCACCACCACUGUAAUGCCAGAGAGCAUCACCACCACUGUAAUGCCAGAGAACAUCACCACCACUGUAAUGCCAGAGAACAUCACCACCACUGUAAUGCCAGAGAGCAUCACCACCACUGUAAUGCCAGAGAACAUCACCACCACUGUAAUGCCAGAGAACAUCACCACCACCAUGGUACCAGAAAGUGAUACCACUACUGCAAUGCCAGAGAGCAUCACCACCACUGUAAUGCCAGAGAACAUCACCACCACCAUGGUGCCAGAAAGUGAUACUACUACUGCAAUGCCAGAGAACAUCACCACCACUGUAAUGCCAGGGAGUACCACCACCACUGUAAUGCCAGGGAGUACCACCACCACUGUAAUGCCAGAGAACAUCACCACCACUGUAAUGCCAGAGAACAUCACCACCACUGUAAUGCCAGGGAGUACCACCACCACUGUAAUGCCAGGGAGUACCACCACCACUGUAAUGCCAGAGAACAUCACCACCAUUGUAAUGCCAGAGAACAUCACCACCACUGUAAUGCCAGAGAACAUCACCACCACCAUGGUACCAGAAAGUGAUACCACUACUGCAAUGCCAGAGAGCAUCACCACCACUGUAAUGCCAGAGAACAUCACCACCACCAUGGUGCCAGAAAGUGAUACUACUACUGCAAUGCCAGAGAACAUCACCACCACUGUAAUGCCAGAGAACAUCACCGCCACUGUAACGCCAGAGAACAUCACCACCACUGUAAUGCCAGAGAACAUCACCACCACUGUAAUGCCAGGGAGUACCACCACCACUGUAAUGCCAGGGAGUACCACCACCACUGUAAUGCCAGAGAACAUCACCACCAUUGUAAUGCCAGAGAACAUCACCACCACCAUGGUACCAGAAAGUGAUACCACUACUGCAAUGCCAGAGAGCAUCACCACCACUGUAAUGCCAGAGAACAUCACCACCACCAUGGUGCCAGAAAGUGAUACCACUACUGCAAUGCCAGAGAACAUCACCACCACUGUAAUGCCAGAGAACAUCACCACCACUGUAAUGCCAGAGAACAUCACCACCACUGUAAUGCCAGAGAACAUCACCACCACUGUAAUGCCAGAGAACAUCACCACCACUGUAAUGCCAGAGAACAUCACCACCACCAUGGUGCCAGAAAGUGAUAUCACCACUGUAAUGCCAGAAAGUGAUACCACCACGAUAAUGCCAGAGAACAUCACCACCACCAUGGUGCCAGAAAGUGAUACCACCACUGUAAUGCCAGAGAACAUCACCACCACCAUGGUGCCAGAAAGUGAUACCACCACUGUAAUGCCAGAGAACAUCACCACCACUGUUCCUUCUCCACCCGUAUGA